GAAAGAUGAACUAAGCAACAGAUAAUAAACCCACAGGAAACAACUCUUCGUCUUCUCUCUCUCCACGCGACCCCAACCGUAAACGUAUUUGGGGCUGCAAGCUGCUUCUUUGCUCCUCGAAUCCAUGGCGUCUCUGUAAUCAGCGGAGCUCCGAAUUCCGAAAACGGAAAAGAAGUUUAUGCUUCGGAUAAAUAGAGUAGGAUACAUUUUCUGGUCUCAUGGCGGCAGCUCUUCUCUCAAACCCUACCCUGUCUUCGUCUUUCCUUGGCCAGCGACUCUCAAUUCGAGGCAAUUUGAGAAAAAUUACGCCUUGCUGCUUGGGUUUUAGGAGCGCCAGGUGUGCGGCGGAUGCCCCAUAUGAAGGUAGCCUCACAAAAUUCCCUAGAUUGAAUGUCUGGGAUCCUUAUAAGCGCCUGGGUAUAACUACUGAUGCUUCUGAGGAAGAAGUUUGGAGUGCUCGGAACUUUUUGUUAACCCAAUAUGCUGGCCACGAGAGAAGUGCUGAAUCAAUAGAAGCUGCUUUCGAGAAAUUACUCAUGACCAGCUUCAGAAAUAGGAAGAAAACAAAGAUUAACCUGAAAACCAGGCUCCAGAAAAAGGUUGAGGAAUCCCCACCAUGGGUUAAGAACUUGCUCAGUUUUGUGGAGGUUCCUCCUACUGUGAUCAUUCUCAGACGGUUAUUCCUAUUUGGUUUCAUGGCUUGCUGGAGCGUGAUGAACUCUGCUGAAGCUGGACCUGCUUUCCAGGUGGCAUUAUCUCUUGCAGCUUGCAUAUACUUCCUCAAUGACAAGAACAAAAGCUUGCCUAGAGCUGCCAUUAUUGGAUUUGGAGCUCUCGUGGUCGGUUGGAUUUGUGGUUCUUUCUUGGUUCCACUCAUUCCAUCAACUUUAUUGCAGCCUACUUGGACUCUUGAACUUCUUACAUCCUUGGUUGCAUACAUUUUCUUGUUUUUAGCCUGUACUUUCCUCAAGUGAAACCCAAAAUAGCUGAAAUUGUAUCAUCCUUGUGCAAUUUAGAAAUUGCAAAAGAUGGUUUAGAAAUUCCAUUUUUGCUUGAAUCGGGAUACCAUUGUUUUUAUCUAUGUACACUCCAUCUCUAACAAAACACUAUUGGUCAUUAUACAUGUAAUCUUAGAUAGUCUUUUCUUUA